AAGUAUGAAAGCCUUCCACACACGCAAAUGUGAACUGUCAGUUGAGCGUGGAUGUGUGCUUUGGGGCACUAGAGUAGUGUUACCUGAAAAACUGAGAAAGACUGUGUUGAAAGAAUUGCAUUCUGGUCAUCAGGGUGUUGUUAAGAUGAAAGCCCUGGCACGCAAAUACGUUUGGUGGCCUAAGAUUGAUUCAGAUGUGGAGCAGAUAUGCAAAGUCUGUGAGAGUUGCCAGAUGGAGCAACGGAUGCCUCGACAGGUACCAUUGCAUCCAUGGGAGUUUCCAGGUCAGAGCUGGAGAAGACUGCAUAUAGACUUUGCCGGCCCUUUCUUAGGGCACACCUUCAUGAUAGUGGUGGAUGCGUACUCUAAGUGGCUGGAGGUGUUCAGAAUGCCAAGCCUCACCUCCCAAGCCACCAUCACUAGACUAAGGAGACUGUUUGCAGCAUACGGUCUUCCUGAGCACGUUGUCACUGACAACGGGACACAAUUCACAUCAGAGGAAUUCAAGAACUUCAUGCGUCAGAAUGGAAUUCUGCACUCAACGAGCGCCCCUGGCCACCCUGCCAGCAAUGGCCUCGCCGAAAGGUAUGUACAGACAUUUAAGAGUGGUAUGAAAAAGCUUGGACAGACCACUAUGGACAUAGAGGACAAGAUCUCUGUCUUCCUGAUGCAGAACCGCUGUACUCCAAAUUGUACCACAGGUCAGUCGCCUGCGGACUUAUUCUUGAACAGACAUAUGCGUACUCGCUUGGACCUGAUUGUUCCUGACACCGCGGUUACUGUGCGCAAGAAGCAAUAUAUGCAAAAGUUCUAUCACGAUCAACGUGCAGUAAACAGGUCUUUUACUCUGGAUGACCCUGUAUAUCUACAGAAUAAAGCGGGGGGAAGAGAAAAGUGGAUUCCGGGUGUCAUAGCCGAGCAAACUGGACCAGUGUCCUACAGAGUGCAAGGGACAGACAGUGACGGCACCUACAGGAGGCAUGGUGAUCAAUUGAGAGCCCGUGUCCCAACCGAUGACCUGGAUUUGAAUACGGACUGUACCACCACUGGCCCCGAUGUGAUCCAGGAUGACAAUCCAGCACAGAAUGCCAAGCCCGUGCAAAUGGACAAUGCAGAGAUGCAAGCGAUUCUUGUGGGGAAAGGAGGGGAUAUCAGACACCAGAUGACCAACCCAAUGGAAAGAGGUACCAAUUGUGAAGAAGGCCAAAUGGCAAUGGAGCUUGUGGGGCCAGAAUCCACUUGGGAGACCAGAGGGGUCAAGAGACUAGAGAUGUGGCCCAGGACCACCACAGAGAAGAACAGGGGAAAAGGAAAAAUCCAGACGGCCACCACACAACAGAUUUCUACAGACCAGGGAUUCAAAGGACCUGAGACCAUCCAUGGAUCUGAGAUCCACAAGCUCAGAGAUUCCCCUUAA